CGGUGCGGUCGGCCUCCCCGCCUCCACGCGCGCGCACGCCCCGCGCACUCCCGCCGCUUCGCCGCCGCGCCGCGCAGGCAGCAGCUCGUAGAGCCAGCAGCCCGGGCCCUGGCGUGCAGCGGGGUCCUCGGCGGGGCCCAGCGCCCCGGCCCGGGAGGAUGAGGCCCGGGGCGGCCCGGGAGCUGAGCAGGGUCCCCGCGCCAGCCCCACCGGGCCCCGGCCUCCAGAGCCGCAGCCACCGCCCCGCCCCCGAGAGACAUGACUUCCAAGCCGCAUUCCGACUGGAUUCCCUACAGUGUCUUAGAUGAUGAGGGCAGAAACCUGAGGCAGCAGAAGCUUGAUCGGCAGCGGGCCCUGCUGGAGCAGAAGCAGAAGAAGAAGCGCCAGGAGCCCCUGAUGGUGCAGGCCAAUGCAGAUGGGCGGCCCCGGAGCCGGCGGGCCCGGCAGUCGGAGGAGCAAGCCCCCCUGGUAGAGUCCUACCUCAGCAGCAGUGGCAGCACCAGCUACCAAGUUCAAGAGGCCGACUCACUCGCCAGUGUGCAGCUGGGAGCCACACGCCCAACAGCACCAGCUUCAGCCAAGAGAACCAAGGCAGCAGCCACAGCAGGGGGCCAGGGUGGCGCCGCUAGGAAGGAGAAGAAGGGAAAGCACAAAGGCACCAGCGGGCCAGCAACACUGGCAGAAGACAAGUCUGAGGCCCAAGACCCAGUGCAAAUCCUGACUGUGGGCCAGUCAGACCACGCCCAGGACGCAGGGGAGACGGCAGCUGGUGGGGGCGAACGGCCCAGCGGGCAGGAUCUCCGUGCCACGAUGCAGAGGAAGGGCAUCUCCAGCAGCAUGAGCUUUGAAGAGGAUGAGGAGGAUGAGGAGAACAGCUCCAGCUCCUCCCAGCUAAAUAGCAACACCCGCCCCAGCUCUGCAACUAGCAGGAAGUCCGUCAGGGAGGCAGCCUCAGCCCCUAGCCCAACAGCUCCAGAGCAACCAGUGGAUGUCGAGGUCCAGGAUCUUGAGGAGUUUGCACUGAGGCCAGCCCCCCAGGGUAUCACCAUCAAAUGCCGCAUCACUCGGGACAAGAAAGGGAUGGACAGGGGCAUGUACCCCACUUACUUUCUGCACAUGGACCGUGAGGACGGGAAGAAGGUGUUCCUCCUGGCGGGAAGGAAGAGAAAGAAGAGUAAAACUUCCAAUUACCUCAUCUCUGUGGACCCAACAGACUUGUCUCGAGGAGGGGACAGCUACAUCGGGAAACUGCGGUCCAACUUGAUGGGCACCAAGUUCACUGUUUAUGACAAUGGAGUCAACCCUCAGAAGGCCUCAUCCUCCACUUUGGAAAGUGGAACCUUACGUCAGGAGCUGGCAGCUGUGUGCUAUGAGACAAACGUCUUAGGCUUCAAGGGGCCUCGGAAGAUGAGCGUGAUUGUUCCAGGCAUGAACAUGGUUCAUGAGAGAGUCUCUAUCCGCCCCCGCAACGAGCAUGAGACACUGCUAGCACGCUGGCAGAAUAAGAACACGGAGAGUAUCAUCGAGCUGCAAAACAAGACACCUGUCUGGAAUGAUGACACACAGUCCUAUGUACUCAACUUCCAUGGGCGCGUCACACAGGCCUCUGUGAAGAACUUCCAGAUCAUCCAUGGCAAUGACCCGGACUACAUCGUGAUGCAGUUUGGCCGGGUAGCAGAGGAUGUGUUCACCAUGGAUUACAACUACCCGCUGUGUGCGCUGCAGGCCUUUGCCAUUGCCCUGUCCAGCUUCGACAGCAAGCUGGCGUGUGAGUAGAGGCCUCUUCGUGCCCUUUGGGGUUGCCCAGCCUGGAGCGGAGCUUGCCUGCCUGCCUGUGGAGACAGCCCUGCCUACCCUCUGUAUAUAGGCCUUCUGCCAGAUGAAGUUUUGGCCCUCAGUGGGCUCCCUGGCCCAGCCAGCCAGGAACUGACUCCUUUGCCUCUGCUGCUGAGGCAGGGGAGGAGUAGUGGAGAGCGGAUGGGUGGGUGUGAAGGGAUGAAAAUAAUUCUUUCCGUGCCCCGAGAUCACACACUCCCACCCUUGGGGUAGUAGUGUGUCGUAGUCGUGCUUACCAAGCUGAAUAACCUCUUCAGCUGGGAAGGCCAGAAGAGGCAUUAGAGGGAGAGGAAGCACAAUGCAGGGCUGCUGUGGCCCAGUCAUCCGCUCAGGCAAGGAGUCAAAUGGCAUCGGGUACUUCAGCAGGUAGGGGCACAGUGAGUGUGUGUAUGUAUGAAGGCCACGUCAACUUUAUGUAGCAAAGGGCUUGGUGGCCAAGCCUGGCCCUUAAACAACUGCAGAAAGCCCUUCAACUAAAGAAGGCCUCACCCAACCCUGAGAGAAGUUGGGAGGGUGGUGGGAACAAGUAAGUGGCAGGACCCUGUCAGGAUUGCAGGUGCCUGGCUGGCUGUGGCUAUGGGAAUCAGCUGGUGGCUAGGGUUCUAGCGCAUUUGAUUUCUUCAGGUUUGCUGCGUCUCACAGAAGGCAGGUAGGAACCCAGCUGUCUUAGUGGAGGGGCCCUGCAGGACACAAGCUCAGCAUGCAGAAGUGCAUGAACGGGGUCCCUGGAUCAGGGUUGUUCUGGGAGUUCUCUCAGCUGCCCCAGGAGCUCUCUGCUGAGCAGCCCAGCACAACCCCCAGGAAAUACAGAUGCGGUCCAGGUCACCAGCUGACUGCACACAGCUAGGCAUGCCUGGGGAUCCUGCUGCCAGAGAACCAUUCUCAGGCCAUGGCAUGCUCCUUGAAGAAUUCUCUUUCUCUCUCUCUUGACCCAACUCUCUGUCUCUCUCGACCCAACUAACUCUCUCGACCCAACUAACUCUCUCUCUCUCCUCUCUCUCUCUC